AGAGGCGAAGUGUGAGAGGAGGACAGCAGUGAGAUAUCCAGAGAGGAUAGGAGGAAGGGAGAAGAAAAGCAAGGAAGGUAGAAAAAGCCCUGCAUAAGAGACAGUGCACAGGAAAGGAAAGACAGGGCAGGUAGGACAGUGGAGAGAAGCAGCAAGGUGGCUCUGUGAGUGUUAACAUCAGCUGCUCUCCGUAUCAUUAGCGGGGACCUGAGUUGACUGCAGGCAAGUCCCCUCUCCAUGGGCUGCUGGAAGAGGGCGGGCCAGGCUGGGCAGGAUCUGUGAGCAGGUGGCCGCCCCUGGGUGUGGCUGCCCAGCCCAGUCUGAGAGGCUAUAAGCAGAGAGGCCAGGGCCUCUAAGCACCUGUCAGGGGUGGCUCCCCAGUGCAGGUGCCAGGCAGUGGCUCCACAGAGUCCAGCCCCAGCAUGAGCUCCUUCGACCUCCCGGCACCCUCACCACCUUGCUGCAGUCCCCAGUUCCCCAGCAUUGGCCAGGAGCCCCCGGAGAUGAACCUGUACUAUGAGAAUUUCUUCCAUCCACAGGGUGUGCCUAGCCCUCAGCGUCCCUCUUCCUUCGAGGCUAGUGGCGAGUAUGGGGCCACCCCCAAUCCCUACCUCUGGCUCAACGGGCCAGCCAUGACCCCAUCGCCCUACCUGCCGGGCACCAAUGCCAGCCCCUUCCUGCCUCAGGCCUAUGGUAUGCAGAGACAGCUGCUGUCCAGCAUGUCUGGGCUGGGGGGCAGCGAUCUGGGCUGGCUGCCCAUCCCAUCGCAGGAGGAGCUGAUGAAGCUGGUGCGGCCUCCUUACUCCUACUCGGCUCUCAUUGCCAUGGCGAUCCAUGGGGCGCCGGACAAGCGCCUCACCCUCAGCCAGAUCUACCAGUAUGUGGCCGACAACUUCCCCUUCUACAACAAGAGCAAGGCCGGCUGGCAGAACUCCAUCCGCCACAACCUGUCGCUCAAUGAUUGUUUCAAGAAGGUGCCACGAGAUGAGGAUGACCCAGGCAAAGGGAAUUACUGGACGCUGGACCCCAACUGCGAGAAGAUGUUCGACAAUGGCAAUUUCCGCAGGAAGAGGAAGAGAAAAUCGGACAUUUCUUCCGGCACAGGCUCCCUGACCUCAGAGAAGAAUGGGAGCAGUCUCCUGGCCGGCAGUCCCAAGACCUCCGAGCCACAGGACCUGCUGGACAGUGUCUCCACGGGCGCACCUGGCUCGCCAGAGAAGGGGCCCUCCCCGCCCCCCUCGAGCACCCCUUGCCUCAGCAGCUUCCUCUCCACCAUGACAGCCUACGUCGGCAGCCCCAGCCCCGUGAGCCGCCCUGUGGCCACGCCAGGACUGAAUCUUGAGUCCAACGACAAGAUCGGGGUGCAGAACUCACUGAGUUUCAACACCUAUACCCCCCUCACCACCAACCCCGGGGGCGGGGGUGAGUGGGGCAACCCCGGACCCACCAAUGCCCUCGGCUAUGGAGGUGCCGUCCUCAACCAGUUCACCCCUCACUUCUACAACAGCAUCAACACCAGUGGUGUUCUCUACCCCCGGGAAGGGACCGAGGUCUAGAGGCAGGGCAGUCCCUCCACCGAACGGACACUCCCCAGGGAGGGAGAAGAGCAGACAAGGUCAUCCAGACCAGCUUCCUGACCAUCGCCCAGCCAAGAUGCCACCCAGCAUACUCAGAGGAGCCCAGCAAUCUCUCCAGAAGGUUGUUUCAACCUACACUUAGCCACACACAGACUCGCUGGCUUUGUGGGGAAAUCCUGGUGCCAGGACGCUGAGGGCAAUGGUGGCUGUGUGCUGAGGGCACCUGCACGUUCAGCACAUGGCAUAGCAGUCCCAACUGUGAGUGUCCUGGCCAUCUCCCCAUUUCACAGAUGAGGAAACCAACACUGCAGGGAAUCAAGUGACUUCUCAGGCCGCACCAUGUAGUGAAAGGCAGAUCUGAAGUUGGCCUCAUAAAGCCAGGGUGGAGGAAUUAGCUGAGCCGCUGAGGAGGGUCACAGUGAAAGGCAGAGAAUAGAUACAUAGCAAAAAAUCUCUCCACUGUCUCCUUGUGGCUCAUGAGGACUCAGCACCAGCCAGGCACUUCUUGUCCUGGCACCCAUCCUUAUUCCAUCCAGCCCAGCUUACCUGCACUCAGUUCAUUUGCUACCUCUUGAGGACAGAAGCCACUAGCAGACUUAGCUCUGAAAGCCCAGCUCCU